AUGGUCAGACCUGUGACUUGGGGUAGGACGCCGACAAGAGUCGCCGCCGCUACUGCCGCUGCUAAUGCUAUUGUUGCUGCUGCACUUGCCGUCGCACCUGCUAAGGUUCCGCCAGGGAACGUGGUCGCCGGAAGACCGAUUCAUAAACUGGUGGAACAGUUUUUGAAAUUAAAUCCACCGAAGUUCACUGGGGCAAGAGACCCCGAAGCUGCUGCUCUGUGGAUCCAAGGACUGGAGAAGACCUUUGCACUAUUGAUUUGCACUAAGACUGAAAAGGUCGUCCUCACAGCCUACCAGCUAGAGGGAGUUGUGAGUACUUGGUGGAGAACCACCCAAGGAGCAUUAUUUCCUGAAGGUGUAGCCCCAAAGUGGAACGCCUUCGUUGAGGCCUUCAACGGUAAAUAUUUUUCUGAGAUUGCCAAAGAGAUAAAGAUGGCAGAGUUUUAG